AUGAUCUCAAACAGCCGCGAGCAGUACAGCGCCGCGGCGACCCAACGUAUGCAGGAGGACGCCGAGGGUACGCCCCGGCAGGCCGAGGACUUCGUUGCCCAGCAGUCGGAGUCAUGGCGUCGCGGCUACCUCAAGGCAGACGGCAUCAUCCGCGUCCGCGACUGGCAGAUCGAAGCGGCCAAAGAGAUCGCCAAGGCCGAACCCGGCACCGACAUCGAGCCGCUCAUCAAGGAGCGGAUGGCUGCGCUGACGCAGAACCCCGAGUUCCAAGACCCGCAGGUCCGCAAGGCCCUGAUGCCGGUCGCCAUGCGCGCCGCGCAGCAGGUCCGCCAGCAGUGGCAGGCCGACUCGAUGCGGGAAAUGCUGGUCCGGCAGAAGGAGUCGCUGACCGCGAUCAUCCGCGACGGCAUCAAGGGCGGCACGUUCCUCACUUCCGAGGGCAUGAACGGCCUGUACGCGAUGCUGGACCAGGAGGAGUACGCCUAUCUCAACAAGCGCGACGUGGACGAACUCUACGUCGAGGCCGCCAAGGAGGAGCUGGCCGCAGGCAACCGCGAUCCUCAGUCGAUCCUGGCGUUCCUGGAGCAGGACCGCGGCGACGGCCAGCCCGGCUUGAUGAACACCGAGCACGGCGACGAGCUGCGCGCGGCGGCUGCCGCUGGUGCCCGCGUGAUCGCACACCGCGAGGACGAGGCACGCAAGCAGGCGAUGGCCGAGGCAGAGUGGACGCUCCAGGGCCUCGCGGAUCGCGGCCAGCUCACCCACAAGACCAUCGACACCUGGGCCAGUAAAUUCGGCCUGAGCGGUGGCGACCUCCAGUCCUUCAAGCGAUACUGGAACAACCAGCAGGAGCAGACGCUUCGCCGCUGGGAGCAGGAAGCGAAGGAGCGCGCCCGAGAGGAGCGCAUCCGCAAGCUGGUAGCCGGGGGCAAUCCCUACGAGAUCAGCGACGCCGACCUCAAGAAGCAGGCCGGUAAGGAGUGGGAGGAAACCCCGCAGGCCGCACGCGGCCAGGUGCUCCAGAAGUGGGCACGGCAGGGCAUCGUCAUCCCCCAGCUCGAACGCAUCCUCAAGCGCGCUGACCCGGCGUUCCAGGAGAACUUCCAGAACGCCGCGACGCUGUACGAACAGCUCCGCAAGGUCUCGCCCAAGUACGCCGAUACGGUCGCUGGCGGCGAGGCUGCCGCAAUGCUGGACCAGUACCUCUACGACACCCGGCGCAGCGGUCAGUCUCACCAGGAGGCCGCUCGCGUCCUGACGCAACCGAAGCGGGAAGUCGAGGAGGCCCGCUCGGUCAUCAACGACACCUGGAAGUCCGGCAUCAAGGACUACCUGGAGAUCGACGGCAAGCCGCGUGACCCGCGUGAGCUGCACCGCAUCCGCCAGGAAGCCGAGCGCAUCGCCUCGCGUGGCGGAGUGUCCGGCGAAGCUGCCAUCCGUGCAGCGGUCGGUCAGAUCGACGCCCAGCGCACGACCGUCAACGGCCGCCGCGUGCCAAACAUCGGCAUGCCGCAGGGUGCCGAGCCAGCGGUAGACGAGCUGAUCCAGACGGUCGCGCGCAAGCUCGGCCGCGACCCGGAUGAGCUGUCGGCCCUGCCCAAUCCCCGCAAUCCGGGGCAGUGGCAGAUCGUCGGCCCCGACAACUGGCUGAUCCCUGACCCGCACACCGGCCGCGCCAUCGGUUUCGACCCGCGUGCCAUCGCGGCACAGCACCAGCGCUGGAAGGGAGACCUUGCGGAAUCCCAGGCGCGUCGUCGGGUCGAGCAGCGCACCACCUGGGCGGACCAGUCCCGGAACAUCCGCGACCUGCGCUCGCAGUCGGCGACCACGGAAGUCCCUGCGGCCAUCGCCAAGCGCGACGCCAGCGCCGCCGAGGCUCCCGCCUUCGAGCUGCCCAAGUUCGACCUCACCAAGCCGCUGGUUCCCAACGCGGGCACCAAGCAAACCACCACCACCCCGGCACCGGCAACCCAGCAGCCCAUCGUGCAAGCCGUGCGCGAGCGCAAGGAGCAGCGAGAGGCCGCGGAGCGCCGGAAGGAUCAGACGACCGUAUGGGACGGAUGGGGCGCUGCCCAGGCAAAGGGCGGCAUCGGCUUCAUCGACCGCUUCAUCACCGAGCUGGGCUACGAGCCGCAGCAGGGCUAUCGCAUUCCCGCAGACGCGCGCAAGCGCUGGGAGUCGAUGGGCCUGCGCCCGGAGCAGUGGGAGCUGUUCGGCCGGGCCACGUCCGACGAGCACCUCUCCUAUCUGGAAUCCGUGGCCUUUAUGAAUCAGAUGGCGGACGACGACCUGGCGCAGUUCGGCCUGGGCGGACAGAUCGCCCUCGGCUUCACCGACCCGGUGGCAACCGGCCUCGAUCUCGCCACGGGCGGCCUGGGGUACGCAGCCAAGGCCGGACGCCUCGCCAACGCGGUGCGUUCCGGUCUACAGGCUGCGGGCACCUCCGCGCUGAUGUCGGCCGCAACCUCCACCUACGACCCCGAGCAGACGCUCGCGGAUGGCGUGCAGAGCGCCGCCCUGUCGUUCGCGUUCGGUGGUGCCCUCGGCGCUCGCCGGGGUGCCCUGUUCGACGGCGAGGUGAAGCCUGACGUGGUGAAGCGGCUGGCCGGUGACGACUCGCUGUCCGCCGCCCGCGUGGCAGGCACCGCCGCCAACGACCUCACGCCAGGCGUCCUCCCGCUGCGCAACGAGAGCGCAUUCGAGCAGGAGUUCACCGACAAGGCGCUGGUCAACGCGCACAUCACGCCCCACUUCGCCACCGUCCGCCGCGACCUUGCUGCCCGCAUGGGUAGCGCCAAGUCGCCGCUGGUGCGCGAGGCGGGCCGCCUGCUGUUCCGCGAUGGCGUCGGCUACACCGAUCGCUCCGUCGCGGUCCAGGAGUCCACCAGCGAGUUCGCCAAGCGCCACCUGGCCGUCAUGGAGACGGAAUGGCGGAGCGGAGUGAACGCCGCAUGGGACGCCUACAAGCAACGGACAGGCACCCAUUGGUGGAACUUCUCCGAGCGCGCAAAGUUCAACGAGGAGGUCGGCCGUGCCGUGCGCGGUGCGCCUGACGUAUCACCGGAAGCCGCCAAGGCGGCCGGCAGCGUCGCCAAGGCGAUGCGCGAUGCGCUCAAGCUGGCGCAGGACAGCAACCUCGACGGCUUCGCCAACGUGGCACAGAACGGCAGCUACCUGCCGCGCUACUGGAGUGGCAAGGGCUUCAAGCGCCUGUUCGGCGAGAUGCAGCUUCACCAGGACGACGUGAUCGAGCAGCUCAUCAAGCCCGCCAUGCGUCGCGCCUGGGAGGCCACCACCGACGAAGGCGACGAGAUCGACGACGAGCUGCUCGGGGCGGUUGCACGCUCCUACCUCAAGCGCGCCCAAGCGAACUUCGAGGGCGACGGGAUGGACCUGCUGGUCCGCCCGCUGGACAGCGAUUCGGUCGAGGAGAUCGGCAACAUGCUGACCGAGGCGGGCGUCUCGCCCGUGCGGUCGCAAGAGCUACUGUCCAAGCUGGAGCGCAAGACCUACGAGUCGGGCAAGCUCGACCGCGCGAAGAAGCGCAUCGACCUCGACGAGACCUACUCCACCACCAUCCGCAACGAGGCUGGCGAGGACGUGCAGGUCUCGAUGGCCGACCUGUUCGACAACGACGUGGACUCGGUGAUGACCCGCUACAUGCGCGAGAUCACCGGCUGGUCGGCGCUGUCGUCGAAGGCUGGCAUCAAGAACCGCGCACAGCUCGACCGCUUCGUGUCGAAGCUCAAGAGCGACGCCCGCAAGUCCGGCGACGACGUGAAGGACAUCGAGCGCCUGAUCGACAUCGGCCUCAAGUCCACCUUCGGCCGCAGCACCGAACUCGAUCCCGCCAGCCGAGGCGCACGCUACGCGCGGUUCCUGCGCAACUGGAACUUCGCCCGCGUGAUGAACCAGGUCGGCUUCUCGCUGUUCGCCGAGCUUGGCCCGACCAUCGCGCAUGCCGGUCUCCGCAACUUCUGGAACUCCGUGGGUGCCGCCCGCGACUUCCUGGUGCGCGGCGCUGACGGCAAGCUGUCCUCGCAGGAGGCGCGCGUCAUGGAGCGGCUGUUCGCACCCGGCACCGACUGGCUGCGCAACCCGCCGUUCCUGCGCCUGGACGAGGAUGCGCUAGUGCCGCAGACGUUCAACGUCAAGCACGGCGAGAAGAUCGACAACGCGAUGAACAUGGCGACGCACGUCACCUCGGUCGCAUCCGGCAUGGCCCCGAUCAACACGAUGCUCCAACGCAUCGCCGGUCGCGCCACGCUGCUGCGGCUGCUGGACAUGGCGAACGCCAAGAAGCUGUCGGACGCCGAAGUGGCCCGCCUGCGCACCUGGGGCCUCGACGAGAAGGCCCAGGCCGACGUGUUCGGCUACCUCAAAGGCAAGCGGCAGAUCGAGCAGAUCGACCCGGACAAGCUGCCGUUCCAGACGCGCGAGCGCAUGGCGGCCUUCCUGUUCCGCGUGACGCGACACCAGGUUCUCGAAGGUGACGCCUCGGACAGCAUCGAGCUGAUGCACUCCACCACCGGCCGCAUCGUCACGCAGUUCCGCAGCUUCAUGGUCAACAGCUACACCCGCCACUUCCUGAACUCCGUCCACCACUACGACGACUGGCGCACCUACGCGAUGGUCGUGCUGUCCACUUCGGCAGCAGGCAUGGGCUGGGCGGCUCGCACGUACAUCAACACUGCGGGCAACCCCGAACAGCGGAAGAAGCAGCUGACGCAGGAGAACUUCUACAAGAACGCUGUCGCGCAAUCGAGCUGGUCGAACGUGAUCCCCGCGGUCACCGACGCCGUGUGGGCGGACGCCUUGGGUAACGACCCGGUGUUCGCCAACAACCGCUCGACCGGCCUGGAGAACGGCGUGAUGGGCAUCCCGUCCAUCGACCUGUUCAACAAGGUCUACGGCAGCACGCGGAUGAUCGGUUCGGCCAUCCGCGACGAUGAGGAGAUCACCGAGAAGCAGAUGCGCGACUUCUGGAAGAUUUGGUGGUUCAACAACAUGACGGGCGUCCGCAACAUCGCGGAUCAAGCCCUACAGCAGUUCCCUGACCGCAAGGACGGGACUGAUCGACCGUAA